AUGCCAUUAUAUAAUCGAAAAACAGACGAGUUUGCUAAUCGAAAAAUAGACAAGGGUGAUGUUUCUAUUGAGCCUGCUCUUCUAUGCCUGUUCUUUUUAUUUGCAUUUGAUUCUAGGACUGGAAGGUACGAUAUAAGCCACAUACCCAAUCCAUCGAAAGAACUAAAGAGAUUCUUUGCUAAGUAUAGUGACCCAUUACAGGUUAUGGACUAUACUAUGCACAGAGAAUGGCAUAGGGUUGUAGAGGACCUGCCUAAUGAAGAUAUUUUCUACCGUUUAGAUUCAUCUGACAGCAGAAAUAAAAUUCAAUUUGGCAUACUAAACAUGAUAUAUAUCAUGAGAGAAAUAGCAGGUAAGAAUGACACUAAAAUUAAUGAAAAUAUUGAAUCUAUAAAAAAUAUUAUAAAUAGCCAUAAGAGGAGUAUUUCCAAAUCAAAUAAAAAUAAGAUUUUAAUGGAUGUACAAGAAAUAUGUAUCUCUCUCUCAAAAAAAAAGAAAUUUAAAACACAGUGUGAUAGCUUUUUUACAAAAAGAAUAGAAAAUAACAUAAUGGAUAUAGGUAUCUAUGAGGAUUCGCCUUUUCAGAUUAUAUAUAAAAAGAAGGAGGAAGACCCAGGUUCUAUUGUAAUAGAUAUAGAUGAUUUGAGUGAUCCUUAUGAUCAUUAUAAUGGCGGUGUAAAAUGUAAGGUUUCCGAAAAUAUGCUAAGAAAUGGUGCUGGUGCUGCCGAAAAAACAUUAUAUGAUAUAAAAAAGAUAUACAUGAAAUCAAUGAAUUACAUUGGAUGCAUUAUGAGACAAUACGCGAAUCUAUAUCUGGACAAAAUCUCGUAUGCAAUUAAAGGUGAAUACAGAUUCAUUAAAAGAAUAAAGUAUAUUUUAAACAGUGAACACACUAACCCAAACGGCCUACUACUGUGUGGUAACCUAGAGACCCUACAUUACAAGUAUGAAAUAACUAAAAUAUUUUUGGAAAAACACCAAAGUUAUACUGAAUCCUAUAGAAACAUAAUAGAUAAAAACAAUCCUAUGGUGCAGUUUACAAGAAACCUUAUAGGAAGUGUUCCAAUUAAUGAACACGCAUUAAAGGAAAAAUUUCAAUCCAGUGGUAUUUAUGAUGAUGAGUAUAAAAAUUGGUAUCCUUGGGUAGAACAGGAUGUUUCUACGGAUACGCCAUCAAACAGCAAUUUACAGCCAAGUACUUCAAAUGCCGUAUAAUUAAUAAAGAAUAGCAGUUGAGGUAUAGAAGAGUAUGUGAAACUAGCGGGA